AUGACGGAGGUUUUUGCCUCGAGAUCGUCUCCUCAACUGGACGGACCAACCAUCAUCCAAAAUUGGAGAAAAGAAUGGAGAAGCGAUGAGAAUCAGGCUGGAAUGCUCCGACCCGGAGAAAAAUCGCCGGCGGAGGAAUUGAUGGAUCAACAGUCAACACUUGAACACGGUAUCUAUGGCCCUCGACCAGGGUCCCGGAACGAACUAUGGACGGAUGGUCACUGUUGGGCGACGAUCCUCGCAGCAAACAAAUCGAAUGCAGAGACGCCCGUGAUGGGGACUUCUGGUGUGACUGUCAUUCGGGACUCCCAGCUCCCGACUACUUCCCUCGGCGCAAGCGGCCGCACUGAGAACGAUCAACCGGUUGAAAUUCGGAGUGGCUAUUGA